AUGGCAGUCAUAUCAGUUAACUCUUUGUAUGGCUUCAUUGCCCCUCAAAACUUGGAAAAAGUCUUUAGUUGCUCUUUUUUCACAUUGCAUUUUUCCUUUUCAGCCCCAGCAUUAGUACAUUCACAUUCUUAUGCCUCUGGCCCUAAUACUGGUGAACCCGCAAUUGGACCGCCUCCAGUAAUUACAAACAAAGCUCCAGCAACAAAUGAGGUCUACUUGGUUUGGGAUGAUGAGGCUAUGUGCAUGGAGGAAAGACGAAUGUCCUUACCAAAGUAUCAGGUGCAUGAUGAGACUAGCCAGAUGAGCUCAAUAGAUGCAGCAAUAGACAGAAGAAUCUCAGAAAGCAGGCUUGCCGGCCGUAUGGCUAUCUAGACAUUAGGAACAUCUAGCGCUGUAUUUUUCCUCUGAUGCAGGGCUCUCACAACUUUAGGAAUAUAUAUGUCCAACUGAAACCAAGUUCUACUCAAAAUUUGUCUGCUCUUUUAAUGAAAUGUCAGUUUUGGAUGUAAAAAGCUCUAAUGUAAAAAACUUAUAAGAGCCAUUCUUUUUACCGUGUUCGACAAAGGAAGAUAGAAAGGGGAACAUAUAUGUUUUCUUGAAUUUUUACCAUUGUAUUGAUCACAUCCCAAAGUGGA